UCUGAAAUUGAACACAGACGUCUGCCAAAGGAAGAAGACAACACGACACGACACGACACGACUCGACGAUACUCGACUACCCCACCCAACCCUUUUGUUGGAUGUAGUAUUGUUUUUGUUUUUGUUUUUGUUUCUAUUCUACCACCUCAAUUUCAGCUCAGUUCAGUUCAGUAGAGUACCAUGGGAAACACGCUUCCCCCAAUUCCGCCGCCUCCAAUUCCGGAUGAACAACAGCAAGAAGAAGAACAGCAGCAACAACAACUAGGGCACGACGCCGACGGCAAUCCUCUCUUCACCUGCCAAAUCUGUAUCGAGCCAAUGCCAAUCGCCGGCAACCGAUUCCGUAACGGCGACGCCUGCUCCCACCCCUUCUGCACCGACUGCGUCGUCAAGUACAUCCGCGUCAAGCUCGAGGACGACGCCACUGGUGUGAUCAACUGCCCCGCCUACAAUUGCAAGCGCACCCUCGAUCCGCUCGCCUGCGCCGCCCUCGUCGGCGAUUCGCUAUUCGUCCGGUGGUGCGACGUGCUCUGCGAGGCGUCGAUUGUCGAUUUGGUGAGGUGCUCCUGCCCUCACCCCAACUGCAAUGUCCUGAUUGUGAACGAGUGCGGCGGCACCGCCAGGAAGUCGUCCUGCCCUAGCUGCAAGCGGUGGUUCUGCUUCCACUGCAGUAGGGUGUGGCACGCCGGAUUUGGGUGCGAAGAGAGCGGCGAACUGAGGGAUCGGAAUGACGUGGCGUUCGGGAGACUGGCGGAGCAGAAGCAGUGGACGAGGUGCCCCCGGUGCAGGCACUUCGUCGAGCUCAUGGAAGGCUGUCAGAUUGUCAAAUGCAGAUGUGGGAUCAGUUUCUGCUACAAGUGUGGGAGGCAGGUGAAGCAGCAUUGGUGCCGCUGUGAUGCAACUUCAAUGUGCUGUGAAUUAUGCUUCAGGGCAUGUGUAGUGCUGAUAUUUCUAACAAUGGGCCUUUUCUUCUUGUCAUGGGAGGCUGGGAAAUUCUUAUAAAUAAUAAUAAUAAUAAUAAUAAUAUUAGUAUCAACACAUUAUUAACAAAAAGAAUACUGAGUACUUACUCUACUAUAUAGUUAGGUUUUGGGGAUUAGUGGGAGUGGAGAUGAUGAAGUUGAAGAUGUAAUGAAUCUGAAUAUCAUAUUUUCUGAAUGUAUAUAAAUUGGUGGCUUCUGAGAAUAUACCCAUA